AGGCAAUUGUGGCAUUGAAAAGCAGCAAGGAACUGAAUAUCAUUAUUAGAAAAGGAGUGGGUCUUCCCCUGUUUGCUGCUGCUGGGGAGCCAAGCAAACCAAAGACCCAGGUGACAAAGGCCCAGUUAGAGACCCACCCCUCAGACACUGGGAGUGUUCUUGAAUUGGAUAAUUGGACUUUAAGAGGUGCAGAGUCAGAAAUGGAGACUGAGCUGAUACUGGCAGAAUUGGCAAGACUCAGAUGGAAACAGAGACGAAUGUCUGGUCGAUCCUUCCAGAAACAAGAAGCCGUGGAAGACACUGAUGCAGAAGACAUGGUCUGCAUUGUGGGGAUGGAAGAGAAAGAAGCACUGGAUGAAAAUAACCAAGAGCAGAAUGAAGACCCAGAAACAGUCCCCUUCUAAAUCCAUGGAUUACUUAACUGUUCCAAACCAGCAUCAAAAUAACACUCCUCACCAGAAAAAGAAGUUGAUCAGACAUGAUUCUUUGAAUGUUGAUGAUGCACCUGUGAAAGUUGAAAGCAGUUCUAAGGACUUUCUUUCAGUUCCCUCACACCUACAUCCAAAUGACACUCUUGCUCAUCAAAAGAAAAAUUCUAGAAAUACCGACAGCAAUGAGGACCUGACUGGAAAUACUGAAGCCGACAUUGAAGACACUUUUCUAGAAAUUCCUUCUACACCAUUUGAGGUUGAUUCAAACACACAUGUGGAAGUAGUUGGCAAAGGAAGGGCCCCUAUGGAGGACUUAGUCAAGCAGCUGACAGAAGACCCAGAAGAUGAUGAGAAUGAUAUCAAUCUGGACAGAGAUAUACAGGGGAAAAAGAAUACUUUACAAACUAGGCAAAUAAAAAGUAAUUCACUGAGAAUGCCAGAGAAGGAUAGAAGAGCAAAGUUGGAUGUUUUCUCCACUGAGGACAGGAGUCCAGUUUUGAAAAGAAGAAAUUCUGACACUAGCAGAAGGAAGAAAGGAAAGGAAUCCAAGGUUGUACAGUUUGUAGAGGAUGAGCCUGAAUUGAUUGACUCCAGGAAAUCGUCACUCAAACUUAAGAACAAGGAGAAGACAUCCACAAAAAGAGGUGAAAUAGAACCAGGGUUGGAAAAGCUAAAAUUAUUAGAAGAGAUUCAGCAACUUAGGGAAGAAAAACUGCAUGAAGUGGAGAGAAGGAAAGAGCUUGAAAAUACUUUGGAAUCCAUGAAAAACUGGGAAACAACUCAAAGGCUUCAAAAAGUUUUGGAUGAGAAGAAAAAGAAACAAGCCAGGGAAGCAGAAAAGCUUAGACAAGAGAUGUUUGAAAGUAACAGAAAACGGAGACAGGGCUUGGAAAAAGAACUUUUAUUAAAAGUUUCUAGAAACAGAAAAGAGAGGGAGAGAAUGAUCCGCUAUCAGAGACAAAAGCAAGAACAAGAAGAAAUGCUGCGGGAGGGAGCCAUGAGUAACUUUGUGCAGUCCAUGUUACACAUGUGGAGACCUCACCUCAGUCCAAGGUCCUCGGUCAAGGAACAGGACAGUGUAGAGGUUCAGGAGCCAGAGAAAGGUAUAAAUCUAACAGAGCACAUAGAAGAUCAUCUGUAUUCCAGGAUCUACAAAUCCUCAUCUUCCUCAACGUUACCAUCUGACAGAAGUCAAGGAAAGACAAAACAGAAAAAAAGGAAAGACAAACUGCUGUCAAGGAAAUCUGCCUCAUUUGACCUCAGCACACCUUCUUAUGACCUUGAACUCUACGAGAGAUCGAUUGACCUACAUCCAGACCUCAACGUUUCAUCACAAAUUGAUGAUGAUUUAUUAAAUAGCUAUGAUUUAGCUCAGUCAGGACAUCCGUCAAAUAAUGUAGUUACUACAACUGUAUGUGUCUGAGAUGUAUGCUUCACUGCAGAUACAGGCAAAUUAAGGAUGAGAUUCACAAAUACAAGGAAUUAAAAAUUUGUACAGGUAGCCCUGAAAAUUACUGAUGUGGGAAUCUGAUAAUUCCUUUGAGAAUGAUUAAACAAACAUGAAUUUAUGUGACAUAUAAUGA